GCCGGCUCGCGGCAGCGGCGCUGAGGAAACGCUUCGCCCCUUCCCUCAGCUGCGGCGGCGGCUGCGGCGUCGCCGCCCGGCAGCGGCGCCCUGGGCGCGCCCCGAGUAGCUACCAUGGACAGGACCGCGGUGGCGAAGAUGGGAGCGGUGGCGAGCGCCAGCGUGUGCGCCCUGGUGGGCGGCGUGGUGCUGGCCCAGUACAUCUUCACCAUGAAGAAGAAGACGGCCUGUAUGCAAGCCCUGCGUCUCUGGACUCUGCUUGCCACCUGUGCUGUUGCAGUAGGACGAAAUCAAGGACAGAAGAAUCAGGAGUGCCCUAAGCUCAACGCACAGAUGCCAGAAUUUCAGAAGAAAACUGUCCAUAUCAAGGACCCAGGAAGAGUAGAAGAGAUUAUUUGUGGCCUCAUCAAAGGUGGAGCUGCCAAACUUCAGAUUAUUACAGACUUUGAUAUGACAUUAAGUAGAUUUUCCUACAAUGGAAAAAGAUGUCCAACUUGCCAUAACAUCAUUGAUAACUCGAAGCUCAUCACAGAGGAAUGUCGGAAAAAGCUAUUACAGCUGAAAGAAACAUACUAUGCUAUUGAAAUUGACCCUGCUCUCACUAUUGAAGAAAAGUAUCCAUAUAUGGUGGAAUGGUACAAUAAAUCUCAUGCACUGCUCAUUGAACAAGGCUUACAGAAGGAUAAAUUUGCAGAAAUUGUGAGGGAAUCUGAUGUUAUGCUGAAAGAAGGAUAUGAGAACUUCUUUGAUAAGCUCAAUGAACAUAAUAUUCCUGUGUUCAUAUUUUCUGCUGGGAUUGGAGACAUUCUUGAGGAAGUUAUCCAUCAGGCUGGAGUCUACCAUUCUAAUGUCAAAGUUGUUUCCAAUUUCAUGGAUUUUGAUGAAAACGGAAUAUUAAAAGGAUUUAAAGGAGAAUUGAUUCAUGUUUACAACAAACAUGAUGGUGCCUUGAAGAAUACAGAGUACUUCAAACAGCUAAAAGACAACAGUAAUAUCAUACUGCUGGGGGAUUCCCAAGGAGACUUGAGUAUGGCAGAUGGAGUAGCAAAUGUUGAACAUAUUCUUAAGAUUGGCUAUCUCAAUGAUAAAGUGGAUGAGCUUUUGGAAAAAUAUAUGGACUCUUAUGAUAUUGUCUUGGUGAAAGAUGAAUCUUUAGAAGUUGCCAACUCCAUCCUACAGAAAAUCCUGUAAAUUGCAGUCUCAAGUCACUCCAUUCCUUCCAGAAGGCAACUGGACAGAAGAGCACAUUUGUGCCAUCUUAGAUGUGUUUAUUACUCAUUUACAGAAUUGUUCAAUUUAAAACUCAUAUCAUCAUUUCAGUAUUUUGAAGUAUAUAUGGUACCAAUUGUCAACUAGAAGCUCCUUUUACUGUUAUGCUGUUCUUUGUCUCACACUCCAUUAUAAUAACUAGAUUUAAAUUGGAUUUAUAGAUGUGAUAAACUGCUGUUGAUGGAAUACUAUGGUUCACUCUCUUAAUCAGGCAUUCAGAGGAGCAUUUUAGAAGAUGUGGCUAUUUUGUAAAAUUGAAGGUGUAAACGUUCUGUGAAUAAGCAAUGUACGCAGGUUUGUGUUGCCUUUUUACAUUACUGAGUUGUCUUUCAAAGAGAAGACUUCAAUCUCAGCUGCACUUUGAAGGAUCUUACUAAUAUGCUACAGCUGUUCACAUAAGUUUUUCAUACAUAUAUUUUUCUUCAGUAAAAAUGCUUUGUUCACCCAA